ACCCGUCUCGCGAUUUGCUUGGCGGUGUUGAGCGGCUGAUCACCUGUGGCGCGUGACUGCCCUGUGGCUUUCCUUCCAUUUGCGACAAAUCAUCGCAACGUCACCCCACACCAGCUACCCCAGAGCUCCACCAUCACUCUCUUUGACUCCCCGACGUUCACCUCCGAAGCUCCCGCGUCUCCUGACCUGAGCUAUAUAGGCGCUGCAGAAACCCGGCCGGCUCACCUAGCCAUAGGAUGUGUUUCGCGCCAAUCAGCUUAUCCACCUUAUUCCGACCGUUCAACUUCAACCCACCUUGAAUUUCCGAAUCGAGACAGCUACCUUUUACAACACCAAUCACAACCACCCAUCGGAAACUAUCCCUAUAACUCUCAACAAGCAGAUACCACCAUGGCCGCCAUAACAAGCCCGCCGCCGGGUCCCUUCCACGAUAAUCUACCUACCCCGCCCGCAUCCUCGGUCGCUACCUCGCAUCACCCCUCGCCGCUCCCACAGACUCGCAAGCAUCCGCUUAAACCGGGGGGUCCGAAAGAGAGCGAGUUGAUUACGUAUCUGGAUACCGGGCUUGCCCGUGUGCAGAAGCGCGUCAACAACCGCAAGAACAACCGCAAGAUGAAGAAGGAGACACAAGGCGAUGAAGAGGGUUAUCAUACGUUUUCGGAAGUUGCGAAGGAUUUAGAAGGGCUAGUGGAUGUCGUUUGGGUGAGCGGUUCGCCGAAUCUGCAGAUCCCAUAUCUUCUAGGCAUUGCAGCGAUGAUUACGGACUUCCUACCAGUAUUCGGUCCAGCACCGCGCUCGACGUUCCGACUCCUCGAUAAACUAGACGCCGCUUUCUCCUCUCUCCUACAAGGCCGCGAUGCUGAUACAGGCGAGCCUCUUCCGGGCUUCGCGCAUGGACGCACAAUUUCUACGACUAACAAGGUCCGUCUGAAGGGGCUAGUGGAGCGUAUGAGGCUCAUGGUCGUCCGCAAGUUGGGCGGAGAUGGCCUGGAAGACGCGGAAGAGAUGGAGAUUGAUGAUGGCGAUCUCGCUGAUGAUGAGGAGCAGGGCAUGGUUCAUUUUGAGGGGUUUGAACACAAUGAGGAGGAUGACGAGUGGGAAGAGAGGCAUAUUGCCAGGGUGUUCGAGAGGACGUUGAGCGAGUUGGGCGAUGUGCUGGGUGGCACACCAAUUGGGAUUAUCACUGAUGAUUGAGGGUUUGUGCUUAGAGCCGAGGAUUAUUGACUACCAAGUGCUUACCCUCAGAGGGGGAAGAGGAACAUCAGCUCCAGGGCCGCUGCGGCAGCGAGCAGCCCGCCUCACAACCUACCGAGAGCUUGUGAGGAAGAGGAGGAACAACAUCCCAAUCCGGCCUGCGCGUGAAGGACGCAUAGCCACGUAGGGGAUAGGACGCACAUGCUGCGUUUAGUAGUUGAGUGCCAUGCGCUUGUUUCUACAUAGUAUGCUUGAAUGAUCUCUUAAAUUCUCUCAAAC